AUGGUGAAGCUCUUCUGUGCGAUCGUUGGGGUGGCGGGAGCCGCUUUUCCAGUGGACAUCGACGCGGAGCAGUCGGUGGGGGACUUGAAGAAGGCGAUCAAGGCGGAGAACCCGGCGACGAUCACGGGCGACGCCAAGGACCUGCAGCUCUUCCUGGCGAAGAAGGACGGCGCGUGGCUGAAAGAUGACGAUCCUGCUGCGCUGGAGUUGGAAGAAGGAAAGACGCAUCAAGACAUUCAAACGGUGAUCGAUGGCGAGAAGAUGAAGGCUACGUGGACAAUUGAGGACGUGUUGACAGCUAACAAUAUGACCAAACGGAAAGGGCGCGCUCCAAAGUCGAGACAAAUCCACGUGCUGGUGGUGGUUCCGGAGGGGGCAGUUGGUUCAGCGAGCGAGACUUCCAGGAUGGAUCAAGUGGUCCAAGAGGUGCACGAAAUUCAUGCGCAAACUGUGCUGACCAAGCGCAAGACAUAUGUCCACUCGAAGGUGGGUUCGACCGAGUACAAGGAACUUCUGGACGCCUUCAACAUUAAGGUGCAACCUGUGCGUAAAGCUGCUGCUAAGUGGGGUGAAGUCAAGGGGUUCACAUGGGACAUGAAACUCAGCGAGGAGAAGCAGAAAGAUGAAUAUCGCGAGUAUGUUGACAGCAACAUUGGCGAGCUUCUCCAGGAGGAGAAGCUUUGCGUGUUCGGUGUGGAAAAUACGACAGAUAUUCUCCGAGUUGUUGUCAACGGCUCCAACAUUGAGCUCCGGGGUCGCACCGAUCUUCUCAUACUCAGUGAUAUCGUCAUGGAGAGCGCGGAUUAUGCGCUGGACUUGCCUGAAGUGAGGAUGCUGAUUGUAGUGAAGAAAAAGGUUGAAAGACAAUCUGUCUUCCAGGCGAUGUCAGAGCUAAUUGCUCUGGCUCUGCUUGCCGACGACCCAGUGGUUGCACUGCUUACUGACUUCAACGGCGAUUGGCGAUUCUUCUGGGUCGCCGGGAAGGAAAACAAUACCACUUGCGUCAACAAAGUGAACAUUACGAAUCCAGGUGAAGCUUUCGAGUUGAUCAGGCAGCUACUGAAGCCUACGGAUAUCAUGACCCCAGUGCUUCAAGACCCUGUGAAGCGCCAGAAGUUAUCCCGGGUGUUGCCGUCCAUCAGCGAGGCCAGUGAAAGUGGCGGGAUUCGUGAGAGCAUCGAACGAUACUAUGACAUCGCCAGUUGUUUAGGCCCCGACUUGGACAUGGCGCGUGCUGUGGCUAGACAGGUCACUCGAUCUAUUCCCACGUUGAGUUAUUUCAGCUAA